AUGAAGUUGGAAGUGUUCGCCCCCCGCACGGCCCACGGGGACAAGCCGACCAGUGACCUGGAGGGCGCGGGCGGCAGCGACGCGCCGUCCCCGCUGUCGGCGGCAGGAGAUGACUCCCUGGGCUCCGAUGGGGACUGCGCAGCCAACAGCCCGGCCGCGGGCGGCGGCGCCGGGGAUCCGCCGGGCUGCAGCGAGCAGAGCGCCGGCGGCGGGCCGGGCGCGGAGGAGGAGAGCCGGGUAGCGGCGGCGGCGGCGGCGGCGGCGGCGGCGGCGGCGGGGGGGGGCGCAGAGGCCGGGGCGGCGGGGCCUGGCACGGGCGACGGGGGGAGCGGCGAGGGCGCGCGCAGCAAGCCGUACACGCGGCGACCCAAGCCUCCGUACUCCUACAUCGCGCUCAUCGCCAUGGCCAUCCGCGACUCGGCUGGCGGGCGCCUAACGCUGGCUGAGAUCAACGAGUACCUCAUGGGCAAGUUCCCCUUUUUCCGCGGCAGCUACACGGGCUGGCGCAACUCGGUGCGCCACAACCUCUCGCUCAACGACUGCUUCGUCAAGGUGCUGCGCGACCCCUCGCGGCCCUGGGGCAAGGACAACUACUGGAUGCUCAACCCCAAUAGCGAGUACACCUUCGCCGACGGGGUCUUCCGCCGCCGCCGCAAGCGCCUCAGCCACCGCGCGCCCGCCCCCGCGCCCGGGCUACCGCCCGAAGAGGCCUCGGGCCUCCCAGCCGCCCCGCCGCCUGCGCCCGCAGCCCCGGCGUCGCCCCCCACGCGCUCGCCCGCCCGCCAGGAGGAGCGCGCCAGCCCCGCGGGCAAGUUCUCCAGCUCCUUCGCCAUCGACAGCAUCCUCAGCAAGCCGUUCCGCAGCCGCCGCCUCAGGGACACGGGCCCCGGGACGCCGCUGCUGUGGGGCGCCGCGCCCUGCCCGCCGCUGCCAGCGUUCCCCGCUCUCCUCCCUGCGGCGCCCGGCGGGGCCCUGCUGCCGCUCUGCACGUUUGGCGCAGGCGAGCCGGGGCUGCUCGGCGCGCGGGGGGCCGAGGUGCCGCCGGCCGCGCCGCCCCUCCUGCUCUCACCCCUCUCGGCGGCGGCCCCGGCCAAGCCGCUCCGAGGCCCGGCGGCCAGCGGCGCGCACCUGUACUGCCCCCUGCGGCUGCCCGCCGCCCUGCAGGCUGCUUCGGCCCGCCGCCCCGGCCCGCACCUGCCCUACCCGGUGGAGACGCUCCUGGCCUAAGCCGCGCCUCUGGGCCCCGGGACGCCGAGUCUGCGCCGUCGGGGAGGCGGGAACCCGGGCCAGCAGACUUUGCACUUUCAAUCCAGAGGAAAAUAAAUUUUUAAAAUCUCCAUCAAAUGUGCCUUAUAGCUAAAGCAUUUUGACAGGAGUGUUUUAACUUAGUCCGGGAUAUUUUCCUUUGUCUUUUACAACUUUACGGAGGACCAAAGCAAUUCUUGUUUUAGUUUCUUGGCGAAGCCUGUCCCUCCCACCCUUCAUAAGGAUUUUUUUUUUUUUUUUUUUUUGUCUUUCUUUAACGCCCAGGCUUCCCCUUAUUCCUACUGUUUUUGUCGCACCUUCCACUGAUUUACGUCCCUCCCCUGCCCGCUAAGUACAUCAGGGAACCUUUCCACACUAUAAAUGAUAUGACUACUGUUUGGGGUGUCUGAGCCCCCAUCCGUGUACGUAUGUGGCAUUUACAGGUAUGACUGAGUGUAAGAGAGAUAUCAGAGACUCUUCAGUCAUUUCUUGCUAUUGACCAAUGCUUCACUGUGCCAAAAGAGAAAAAAAAAAUGUUGGGUUUUGUAAUUAAAUUAUUUAUAUAUUUUUGAAACCUGAAUUGAAAAAUGUUGCAGGCAACGGGCGACAGCUUUAUUCGUGGUUCUCUAACUGUGGUCUCCUUGGGCCAACCAAUUUCUUUAGAGGAAAAGUUGAUUAUGUAUGUGGGGUGCCAGGACCACGGCCACUUGAAAGCAAGUGUGAUUUUUAUUUUUAAUAUUAUUUUAUUUGUGUCUGUGUAUAUAUUCAUGUAUAAAUGUUAUGAAACCCAAGCAUAGUGCUUAUUUUUUAAUAAAACUCACAACUGACAACACGUUGUG